AUGGAUUGUGAAUUAGAGGGCCGAGAGGCCAAUAAUUCAGCCGAUAUUCGCAUCUUGAGCAGGUCAAGUACAUUGCAAAGCGUAACUGUCCCCGAGACUGCUUUUCCCAUCGGUCACGGAGAUGGUGUCCCUGGUGAAGAUUAUGUGGACGUUGAACCCCUGAAUUCUCGGCUGGAUCUCAAACUAGCCGAUUUUUCAGUCCUGAAAGUGUUUGGAGAACGAGUACAAAUGCAGGCCGUGCACCAUCGUGUUGCAGGAAGCAUGAUACAACGGAGGCUUAUCAUUGCUAAUUAUCGUGAACAGAUCUACGGUAUGGUUGACCGGAAACAGCUCAUACGGCAUUUCCGAGUGAUGUCUCAAUGGGUAUCAAAUCGUCUGGUAACAUUUUUGGGACUGACUGGCGGCCUUGGGGUAUAUUUGGAGUAUAUGGACUUGGGGCAGACACAUGCCCUUGAACUAACUCAUUUUUAUUUCGAUAUAGGUCAUUUCCAUCUCACCGGACCCAUCCCCGUAGAUACUUUGGGGCAGGUAGUACUUUCCGUUAUGGAAGCUUUGCUAUACUUACACGAUAAGGGUUUCAUCCACCGGGAUGUACGGACAUCCCGGAUCCUGGCUAAUCUCAAUGGUGACAUAAAACUCGGUGGCUUCCGACUCUCCACACUGGUUGAAGACGAAACUGGCUCGACAUUCUUGCCCUAA